AUGCCUGUUGGAACCGUUCUUAUCACCGGGUACGUCACUGCAUCCUCGCUUAUCGCUCUUACCCCCUGCCUGCAGUCGUUUGUCCUCUGCAUCUUCUUUGUUCCUGUCGCAUUCAACGCUCAGAGGACACGGAUCAUCCGUUGUCGCAAUUUAACAACAAAGAAAGCUGUCGCUAAUUCUCUAUUUCCCAGUGGUACCGGAUACAUUGGUUCUUUCACCACCCUUGCUCUCCUUGAGCACGGUUACGAUGUCAUUAUUGUUGACUCCCUCUACAACUCCUCCGAGGUCGCCCUCGACCGCAUUGAGCUGAUUUGCGGCCGCCGCCCUGCCUUUUACAAGCUCGACAUCACAGACGAGAAGGCCAUCGAUGAGGUCUUCGCCAAGCACCCUGAGAUUGACAGCGCUGUCGGCGAGUCUGGCGAAAUCCCCCUCGAGUACUACCGCGUCAAUGUCGGUGGCAGCAUCUCUCUUCUCCGCUCCAUGGAGCGCAACAACGUCAACAACAUCGUCUUCUCCUCCUCCGCUACCGUCUACGGCGAUGCCACCCGCUUCCCCAACAUGAUUCCUAUUCCCGAGCAUUGCCCUAUCGGCCCUACCAACACAUACGGCCGCACCAAGUCUAUGAUCGAGGACGUUAUCACCGACUUUGUCAAUGCUCAGCGUGCCAACUUGGAGAAGGCUGGCAAGGAGUACAAGCAGUGGAACGGCGCUCUUCUGCGAUACUUCAACCCUUGCGGUGCCCAUCCCACUGGCAUCAUGGGUGAGGACCCUCAGGGUAUUCCCUUCAACCUCCUGCCUCUUCUUGGCCAGGUCGCCACUGGUGAGCGCGAGAAGCUCUUGGUGUUCGGCGAUGACUACUCCUCUCGCGACGGCACAGCCAUCCGCGACUACAUCCACGUUGUCGACCUCGCCCGCGGCCACCUUGUCGCCCUCAACUACCUCCGUGAGAACCAGCCCGGUGUCAAGGCAUGGAACCUUGGUUCCGGUCGUGGCAGCACCGUCUUUGAGAUUGUCAAGGCAUUCAGCAAGGUCGUCGGUCGUGAUCUUGCCUACGAGGUCCGCCCCCGACGACAAGGAGACGUGCUUGACCUUACUGCCAACCCUACCUUGGCUAACAAGGAGCUCAACUGGAAGACUGAGCUCACCAUGGAGAAGGCUUGUGAAGACCUCUGGCGAUGGGUCAAGAACAACCCCAAGGGCUACCGACAGGAUCCUCCCGCUGAGCUGCUGGAGGCUGUCAAGUCUUCAAAGGCUUAA